GGAAAUGAGAAAUGAUUACGAUGCUAACGCUAGACACGUAAACCAAGCAUAUACUUCUUUCCUUUUCGUUUGCUGUUUGUAAGCGUAUCCUCCAUUUUGUUGUCGAACCAAUAAGGUUACUUGUAUGUUUUGUGUUACUUAUAAACUUUAAUGUUAUAAGAAAAUGAGUGAUUAUUCUGCGGUUGCUCCGCCACCACAACAAAAUUUCAAUCAGUCCUCAGCUUUUGCAGCAGCUCUGCAACGUGCCAAACAGAUUGCAGCUAAAAUUAACCCAGGAGCUGGUACAAACGACAAUAGACAGAAAAGGCCUUUAGAAGACGGUGCAGAUCUGUUUGAUGCAGAACCGGAUGCGAAAAAGGGACCCGGUGCAGUUGGACCUCCUCAAAAUCAAGGUCCUCCCGCUUUAGUUAGGCCACAACAAAAUCAAGCUAUGGGUGGUCCAACUGGAAUGGGCGGUAUGCAGCAAGUUAAUGAAGACAUCAGUGUACCAGAUAAAAUGGUUGGUCUCAUAAUAGGUCGCGGAGGGGAACAGAUAACAAGAUUGCAAUCAGAGGCAGGUUGCAAGAUACAAAUGGCGCCCGAUUCUCAGGGUAUGUCAGACAGAAUCUGUUCACUGUCCGGCCCCAAAGAUGCAGUUGAAAGGGCCAAACAGCUCAUCUCAGAUAUAAUUCGACAGAGGGGUGGACCCCCAGGGGAUGGUAAUGCAGGCGAGGAUGAAUUGCUGCACUCCAACAACCAUUCUGAUUUUCAAGGAAUAAACAAUAUGGGUAUGGGCGGUCCUGGAGCAGGCCCAGGAGGUCGGAAUAGUAUAGAAAUCAUGAUUCCCGGUCCCAAGGUUGGUCUAAUAAUCGGCAAAGGUGGUGAAACAAUCAAACAACUGCAAGAAAAGAGUGGAGCCAAAAUGGUUGUCAUCCAAGAUGGACCAAAUCAAGAACAUGAAAAACCUUUGGUAAUAAGUGGUGAUCCUCAAAAAGUGGAGUACGCUAAACAGCUAGUUUAUGACCUCAUAGCAGAAAAAGAAAUGAAAAAUUUCAAUCGCGGAGGUGGCAGAGGACGUCAAGGCCCUAACGAUGGAUAUAACGAUUAUGGCAGUGGUGGUGGUGAUUCAAUAGAAGUAUUAGUACCCCGAACAGCAGUAGGUGUCGUUAUAGGAAAAGGUGGUGAUAUGAUAAAGAAAAUUCAGUCUGAAACUGGAGCCAAAGUUCAGUUUCAACAGGCUAGAGACGAAGGUCCAGGCGAUAGAAGAUGUUUUUUGUCAGGAAAUUCCAAACAAGUAGAAAUGGCCCGUCAACGUAUUGAUGAACUAAUAGACAGUGUCUUACAACGUGACAAUGGUGGUGACGGAAUGGGCGGCGGUCCAAUGGGAGGUGGAAUGCGUGGAGGACGCGGAGGUGGACGAGGUGGUCGCGGCGGUCAUCAUGGCGGUAGAGGCGGAGGCGGUUUCGAUAGAGGUGAUAGAAAUGGUGGGGGAGACUUUGGUGGGAACCAGUGGGACGAUAGGCGAGGUGGCGGGGGCGGUGGACCUGGGGGACAUCACGGCGCUCCCCAAGAUGUUGUUUCAUUUACGGUUCCAGCUAAUAAGUGUGGUGUGAUUAUUGGCAGAGGUGGUGAGACCAUUAAACAAAUCAACCAACAAUCGGGAGCAUAUUGUAAGCUGGAUAUACGAUCACAGAAUCCAAAUUCAAAUGAAAAAGUAUUUUUAAUCAAGGGGGAUCCAGACUCCAUUGAAACUGCUAAGAGGAUAUUACAAGAUAAAGUACAAAUGCCACUCAAUUUUGUAUCUCAAGGUGGACCGCAAAUGAGCAGCAUGCCAACGGUAGGUGCAUACCCUGGAAUGGCCCCACAAAGUUACAAUCCCCAAAACAAUUGGGCGUUGCAAGGUGCAGGAGGUGGCGGUGGUACUCCUGGUGGUGGAUACCAACAACAACAAUGGGGUGGUCAACCACAGGGUGGAGAUUCUCAACCAGCUCCUGGUGCCCCUGUUAAUCCUUCUGGUCAACCAGACUAUUCAAUGCAGUGGGCAGAAUAUUAUAGAACUUUAGGAAUGCACCGUGAAGCUGACAUGAUUGAACAGGCUAAAGCAAAAGCAGGUGGUGCUGCUGCACCAGGAAUGCCUCAAGGAGGACAAAUAGCACAAGGUGCUGCUCCUGCAACUCAAGCUGUGCCUCCUUCUUCAGGUGCACAGGCCGAUUUCAGUGCACAAUGGGCUGAGUACUACAGAAGUAUUGGUAAAAUAGAGGAAGCAAAAGCGAUAGAAGCUCAAAUGAAAACCAAGACUGGAACCACAGCUCCCAACUCUGGAGUGCCUACAGCACCUGGAACUCAAACAGGUGGAUAUUCUCAACCACAAACACAGACUGCUUAUGGAGGCUACCAACCACAAGCUACUGCUGGGUAUUAUGGUGGCCAACCCCAAGGAGCUCCAGUACCCGGUGUACCACAAGGAGGAUAUGGUUUCCCUAGUUAUGGUUACGGUGGCCAGCAAGGAGGAGGCGGUGGUGGUCCAUCUCAGGACUAAAAUAAAAAAAUGUUGGGAACCCAAAACGCGCCCACAAUGAAAUUUGAGAGAAAGAGGGAGAAAAAAUAAGAGGCUACCCAACAGCCGAGAUAAAUGCCCUCAACAAAAAUAUACACUAUGGACGGUCGAUGGUAAAAUGAUGAGGGGGUCGGAGCGACCGGUAAGUGAAUUUUAGCCUAAACAAGUGAUAUCUAAUUUAAAAAUUUAUUUAAAUUUUCAUUUUUCAAUUAUUGCAGAAAAUAUUUGCCUUUAAAAACAUUUGAUUGCCAUACAGAAAUGUUUUAUCAAAAAUUCAAAAUCAAAUUUGUUGGAAAAUGCAAAUAAUUAAAGAGGGUUUGUUUAUUUAUCUCUAUGAUUUCAAUUGACUUUCAUAUUUCCUUCCAGGGAAGGUUGAUACAAAAUUGUCUCUUAACUUAUGUCUUCUUUUAAUAAAUCUCAUGCAAUAAAAAAUUUGUGUCGUUAUACAUAUUUUGAGAUGAUGAAAUUCCUAGUUUACUUACCAUCAUUUUAUACCACCAGCAAUUAUUGAAUCGAACUUAUCUAAAAUUACAAAACAAAAUUGAAAGCUGUUCGAAUUCUUAUCUAAAAUGCCUUUCCAUUUUUCGAUAUUAGCACCUUUCUUUUUUAUACAGGGUUUUUUAAUGAAACCUUAGGAAAUAAUUCUAAAGGAUUAAAACUUUAUAUCUUUGAUUAUUGUUAUAAUUAAUCAUGUUCAUGGUUAAGUUUGUUUAAACUGUUGUCUACUUGUGUUAUAAUGAAAUUUUCGUUCGGGCUGUAACCACUGACUAGUUUCGACGUUAUUACGUCUCAUCAGAAUGGUUUAACAACUUUCGUUCGGUCUUGAGACUCGAACUGAAGACAACGUCGUUAUUUGGCUCAUCUAGUCGAACAUCCCCACUUCCAUCUGCGAACCACUGAUCGGUAGAAACCUAGUGUAGUCACCGAUAAUAUAGAUUCCAGUGGUAAAUGAGGUGUGUCAAAUAUAUCAAAAUAAAUGUUUUCUACUAUAUACCUCUCUAAAAUUUAUUCUGCGGUUCUUCAAAGGAGAAAAUAACUACUUUCCUGGCCAAUGCAUCUGCUCAGUUGAGUUUACCUUCCAGUAUAUAUAUUACUGUUUAACGGCUUCAAAAUGUUUUAAAGCUAAUACUUUCUGCGAUUUAAAUAAAUACGCCGACCUUUCUCUUUUUAUAUACAUACAUAGAUGAUGAUUUUAAGUUUGGCUUUCCUUCAGGUUAUUAGUAGUUUUUACUAUGCUACUAACAAUAUCCCCAGGUUGUUUUUCUCUUCUUAUAAACAUGUUCUAAUGAAAAAGGAUCUAAAAAGUUCCUAAUGGAAAGCCAAAUUGAUAGAAUAUAAUUUUUACAAUUUAUGAAUAAUUUCUACAUUUCUCAAAAAUUAUUGCAAACUUAACUGAUACACUACUAUCUAAAAAUUUGGAAGCAUCAAGGUCAAUGGAAUAAAACAAGACAAAGUCAUCCAAACAUAUUUGUAUUGUUACGCAAUAGGGUACUUGUAUGGUUUGAGAAAAAAUUUAGUUCUGGAUAGUUUAUGUACAACUUUUAUUAUGUUUUUUUUUAAUUCUUUGAUCAAAAAAAUUAUUGAAAAUUCAAACAUUUUGUAGGUAGCUUCAACAUUUCAGUAAGGCUGCCAUAUUGCGUGACGUCAUAGGUAUAAAAUCAUCAAUAAACAUAUGAUACAAAGUAACUUGUGUUUUGUUUUGAAAGUGUUGUCGUUUUAAAGGUCCCCGAGAUGAAAUUUUUGCUAUUUUCAAUCAAAUAUUUAGAUAUUAUUUUUUCUCUUUUAAUUAAAUAUUUUACUUUCUGACCUUAUUUCAUAUUAUAAAAUGCAAGUACCCUAUUGGAUACGAAAUAAAAUUUUGGCGUCCACUUUCCUUUUAUCAGUUUCUCGUAUACUCUAGGCCUAGUAUUAUAUAACCGAUUAAUUUAAUAAUCUUCACUUAAACUUGUUGAAUUCAUUAUCCUAUCAAGAAAUUCAACGAAGUCUUUUCUUGACCAUGAAGUUCCAUUAUGUUUAGAGUGCUGAUAAUUGCAGGUGAAACUAUUACAUUAUCACCACCUUUGUUUGAUAGUAGAUAGCGUCCAUACAUCAGUCUAUUUUUUAUUGACUUAUUGUAGUCAAAAUUUUAGUGGCAUCGCAUUUUGUUAGUCUCGUCACCACAAAACACAUUCUUAAUAGUGAUUGAAAUAUGUACAUUCUGUUGUAAUCUUGAAGUUCAUAAUACUCAAUUUUUAAUGAAUUUGUAUUUUGUUUUGUCAAAACAAAUGCUUCCAAACUUUUCGAUUGUAUUGUAACAACUCAGUAUAAAAGUAAUACUUUUAUUUUUUUGGAAAUUUGAAUGUUUAAAACAAUCGGAGUCGUAAGAUGUCGUUGUUUAUUCCCACUUCUAUUAAAAACCUCAGUAAAUGUGAAUAAUUUAAUAUGGUUUAUUAAGUAUUGACGAAAUAUCAGAAUAUUCAUCGCAAAUUCUCCAUAUUCAACAAAUUUUUGUUCUGUAUUUUUAUUUUUAGCAAAAAAUAGUUUUUUGCAAUCCCCAUUUCUUUUUAAAAAAAUAUUGAAAUAUUACACCCUCUGGUAUAUAUUUCAAAAUGUUUUUAAAUUAUAUUUGAUGAGUAUAAAAGUGGAGUUUAACUAUUUUAUUUUUAUAAAUACUGCUGUUUCCACAUACAUAGUUCUAUUUGUUAGAGAAAAUUUAAAUCUGCAAAAUUUUACCAUUAAUGUCGACUAAAUAUGAAAUUAACUAUAACAUGAAUUAGAAUCUAUUUCUAAAAGGUCAAAUUCAGUUUAUAAAUAUUAGAUGAACAUUGUGAUAAAUUUUAAAAGUUUAUCAAAAAAUGAGUACCUAUUUUUACAUUCUUUUUAUUUUUCUAUUUUAAGCAAAAUAAAAUCUAUUAUUCAA